AUGAUGAGACUACUCGUCAUCCUGUUCGCCGCGGCGGCCCUCGCGGUCGCCACCACCGCACACGAGCACCAUGGCGAGGCGCCCACCUGCGCCGGAGGCAGCGGGCACGUGCUCGCGGAGUUCCGCCCCGGGGAGGUGACCGUGGACGGGCACAGCGACGACUGGGACAGCGUCGAGGCCUCGGAGUUCGCGCUUCUGCCGGCGCUCGAUCCAGACGAAGAUAAGGCCUACUCCGGCGGCAAGGUCGCCGUAAAGGCUGUGCAUGAUGGUGUCAACGUCUUCUUCUUGCUUCAGGUUGAUGGGGCUUACGCUUACACUAAAGGGGAAAGUAACAAAUGCCCUUCUGUUGCUCUGAUGUUCCAAGUUGGAGAGAAAGCCACAUUUUACAAUAUGGGAGGAUGCAAAGAUAUGCCAGGUUCAUGCACAAGUAAAAGUUGUAGAGGUCAUGAGGUUGACAUUAUUCACUUCUCAAUUGGAAAUGCUAUUCCUGGACGACUUUACGGUGGCAAUCACAUAGACAAUGCAGCUGGGAAUGGAAACGACAGAUUUGGUCACCUUGUUGAUGUCUAUGCAUGGAAUCCACAUUGCCGAUACCUUGAUGGAGUGGGCCCUAAAGAGAACAAUUCAAAUGCUCAAAAUGAUUGGCAUGGGGUUUGGUGGCACAGUUCACUGACCGUCCAUUCAGGCUUUGUUGAUGAUGAUAAUCCUUAUGGAAAACAAGAUGAGAAGGGCACAUAUUAUUUUGAGUUUUCAAGACCCUUAAGAACAAUGGAUCAAUUUCAGCAGGAUGCACAGUUCACAAUAGGACAUCCCAGCAAUAUGUCCGUAGCCUUUUGGUACCCAACCGAUGGCAAAACAUGGAGCAACUCCGAUCAUUACUCAGCCAGCUGCAACUGGUUGGUUUUGGAUAUACAACCUUCAUCCGAAGCUGCAUAUUAUCGUCCAGCUCCUAAUCGCUCUUGGGAUGCUGCAACUGCCUUUGCUUUACUUCUUUCAGUGGUAGCCAUUUGCAUGUCCAUCUUUGUGGGCUACCGGUUUUCUAGGAACAGGAGCACUGCCCAGUUUACACCACUUGAACAGAUCCAGUUUGCUGAAGAACGCCAUUGA